AUGGCGUCCAACGCCGCACCCGACGACAACGAGGUGGCGCACGACUACGGCCUCGUCCGCGUCUACAAGAGCGGCCGCGUCGAGCGGCCCCUGGUGGCUCCGCCCGCGGCGGCCGGCCUCGACCCCGUCACCGGCGUCGAGUCCAAGGACGUCCAGCUCGGCGACUACUCCGCCCGCCUCUACCUGCCCCCGGCCGCGGCCAUGGCCGCAGUCAAGCUCCCUGUCAUCGUCUACGUCCACGGGGGCGGUUUCGUGGCCGAGUCCGUCGCGUCGCCCAACGGCCACCGCUUCCUCAACAGCCUCACCGCCGCCUGCCCCGCCCUCGCUGUCUCCGUCGAGUACCGCCUCGCCCCGGAGCACCCGCUCCCUGCGGCGUACGAGGACUGCGUCGCCGCCCUCGGGUGGGUGCUCUCGGCCGCCGACCCGUGGGUCGCCGAGCACGGCGACCUGAGCCGCGUCUUCGUGGCCGGGGACAGCGCCGGGGCCAACGCCUGCCACCACCUCCUCAUCCAGCCGGACGCCGCGCGCCUCAAGGGCGCGGUGCUGAUCCACCCCUGGUUCUGGGGCUCCGAGGCCGUCGGCGAGGAGACGCGCAACCCCGCGUGGCGCGCCAUGGGCGGGCGGCUGUGGGAGUUCGCGUGCCCCGGCUCGACUGGCAUCGACGACGCGCGGAUGAACCCGAUGGCGCCCGGCGCGCCGGGGCUGGAAACGCUCGCGUGCGAGAGGGUCAUGGUGUGCGUGGCGGAGGGCGACUUCCUCAGGUGGCGCGGCCGCGCGUACGCGGAGGCCGUGGCCGCGGCGAGGGGCGGCCAGGGGCACGGGGUCGAGCUGCUGGAGACGAUGGGGGAGGGGCACGUCUUCCACCUCUUCAAGCCCGACUGCGACAAAGCCAAGGAGAUGUUCCACAGGAUCGUCGCCUUCGUUAACGCGCCGUGA